AUGAAGAGCUUUUUCUCAAAAGUGUCUAUUCUAGCCAUUCUCCUCGUAACAAUUUUCUUGGUUAGUGAAGCUCAGCAAUGUCGUCCAAGUGGCAGAAUUAGGGGCAAGAAGCCUCCUCCUGGACAAUGUAACAAGGAGGAUGACUCUGAUUGUUGCAAAGCCGGAAAAAUGUACCCAAAAUACACUUGCUCACCACCAAUAUCUGGCAACACCAAGGCCUACCUUACUCUCAACAGCUUUGAGGCAGGUGGUGAUGGCGGUGGUCCAUCUGAAUGUGAUGGCAAGUAUUACAACGACAAUACUCCAGUUGUUGCAUUAUCCACUGGAUGGUAUAAUGGUGGAUCAAGAUGCCUUAACAACAUCAGAAUUAACGGAAAUGGGCGCAGCGUGGUGGCCAUGGUGGUGGAUGAGUGUGAUUCUACAGAAGGCUGUGAUGCAGACCAUGAUUACCAGCCUCCUUGUCCCAACAACAUUGUGGAUGCCUCCAAGGUUGUCUGGAAAGCCUUGGGUGUGUCUAAAGACAAUUGGGGUGGCUUAGAUAUUACAUGGUCUGACGCUUGA